AUGUCGGUUCUAGAUGAUUUUAUUAGAGCUUCAGAUAGAGUAGUCGAGUUCCAGGCGUAUUUUGAAACCUUACCUGCUGAAGGCCAUUCGGUUCAUUCAUUAGAAGUCCAUAAGGAUGAGAUUAUUCGAAUAUGGAGUGAGUUCAGAUCAUCUUAUGAUACGAUACUGAAUAAGUUCACUGAAUUAGAAUCAGUUAAUAUUGAAUCUUUAAAAUCACGGUUUUUUUCGACGUUUGAAGCACAUGUUAAAGUUCUUUCACGUUCCAAUCAACUUCUGGACAACCUUUGCCAAAAAACCGCCCCAAAUAACGCAUCUGAGUCAGUCACAAACACUCUACCGGAUUCUACACAUCAUAUUACUUUACCACCAUGUGAUACCGAAAUCUUUCAUGGAGACUAUCAGUCUUGGCCAACUUUCCGUGACAUGUUCACAGCUUUAUAUCGAAAUAGUAAACGUUUAUCACCCGUAGAAAAGAUGUGCCAUUUGUUAAAGAAAACGCAGGGAGAAGCUCGCGAACUAUUGAAAACAUGUCCUAUAACCAAUGACGGUUUCGAGAUGGCUUGGCAAAACCUUGUCAAUCGUUAUGAGAACAAGAGAAUACUUAUAAACGCUCAACUCAAAUCUCUUUUCAAUAUCUCUCCUAUUUCAAAAGAAACUGGUACUAACAUUAGGCAUAUUCAAAGAACUAUAAAUGAUUGUGUUACCAAUCUUAGACUUCUUCAGAUCGAUACAGGGAAUUGGGACAUAAUAUUUGUUUAUAUUUGCUCUACGUGCUUACCCGAAGUUACUCUAAGUUUAUGGGAACAAUCGUUACCUGACCGUAGAGAGCUGCCAACCUGGAAUCAAAUGGACUCUUUUUUGACAGCCAGAUUUCAAACCUUGGAAUCUGUAGCGGAUAUUCGUACCACGUUUGCCACUACCAAUUCAUUUAAUCCUGUUAAAUCCCAAAAUCAUAGAAAAUCAAAUUCUUCAGACCAAAAGAAAUUGAAUAGUUAUAGUACAAGCGUUAAUAACGAUCAAUCCCUAAAGUGUUCUCUCUGUCCUGACUCGCACCCUUUAAGACUCUGUCCCUCUUUCCUCAAAAUGUCAGUAGAGGACCGUUUUGCCACUGUUAAAAAACAAAAACGAUGUACCAAUUGUCUUGGUACAUCACAUGAAUUCAAAAAGUGUAAGAGCCAAUAUGUUUGUCAUAUGUGCCGCCAAAAACAUCACUCUUUGCUCCAUCGUAUGGACGUUACGCAUAGUAAUGAUCAACAGAAAACAGUACCGCCCCCCGUACAAGAUCCUACCUCUAUCCCGAAUGUAAACUCGAACAAUGUUCGUGGUAAUGAUACAUCUCAAAUAUUUAAUUUGGAUACAACCCCCUCCACUUCUACUCAAGCUGCAGAACGGAUUCGGCAGUCUUAUGCAACGAAGAUACAGUCCACACCUCACUCUACAGUUAUACUAGGUACUGCCCUCGUUGAUAUUUAUACCGACGAUUUGAAAUGUACUGUUCGUGCAUUAAUAGAUUCGGCUUCUGAAGCCACUUUCGUUUCUAAGAAACUUCAAAAAAAACUUUUCCUUAAGACUCGAUCUAUUCAAACCGAUGUCCAUGGUUUGAAUGAUGCUUUGACGGCCACUUCUACCCAUUUAUGUCAUAUUCGAAUCGGUUCUCCUAUUGAUAAAUCAUUCAAAACAUAUGCCGAUGCAUUUGUGGUGAAGAAACUUACUGGACAACUUCCGUACCAUUCGUUAUCAACCCUUAAAAAUAGCACUUUUAAUGACUUACAAAUGGCAGACACUCAUCUCAGCAAGUGUUCUGAAAUAGACUUACUGCUCGGUGGAGAUAUCUAUCCUAAAAUUAUUCAAAACGGGUUACGAUGGGAUCAUAAUCAGUCUUUAGUAGCGCAGAAAACAGUCUUUGGCUGGAUCGUUACUGGCAAAAUUGAGACCUCUACUCGUCUACAUUCAAUCUCUUCUUUUUAUAAUGAACUUUGCCUGAAUAAUCAACUUCAACGUUUCUGGGAGCUUGAAGAAGUUUCCCACAAACAUCGACUGUCCGACGAAGAUUUGCAUUGUGAAAAUAUCUACCAAUCUACUACAUAUAGAAACGAGAAAGGUCGAUUUGUUGUUUCACUUCCAUUUAAACGGGAAUAUCCCGAAACCCUUAACAUUGGUCCAUCCCGCGAUAUUGCUCUGUCCCAAUUUCUAAGGAAUGAAGUUAGACUGGCUAAAGACCCUCAAUUAAAAUUAGAAUACGACCGCGUUAUAACGGAAUACUCCACCUUGAAACAGAUGACUAACGUUUCACCAUCUGUCUCGAAUAGCAUGUACUAUUUACCCCAUCAUGCGGUUUUUAAGCCAGACAGCACUACUACGAAACUGCGUGUCGUUUUUAAUGCUUCCAGUCCUUCAAAAAAUGGAAUAAGUCUAAAUGAUCUUCUUCAUCCAGGGCCAAUUUUGCAAGCAGAUUUAACUAUCCUUAUCUUGAGAUGGAGACUUUUUAGAUAUGUAUUCAACGCGGAUAUCGAGAAGAUGUACCGUCAAAUUUUGGUCAAUCCCUCACAUACCCCAUUUCAGAGAAUAAUUCACCGUAGCUCACCUCAAGAAGAACCAAUGGAUUUUGAAUUAAACACAGUCACUUUUGGAGUAAACUGUGCCCCAUACUUGGCAAUACGCACUUUGCUCGAAUUGGCUAAAGAAUGUGAAACAACAAGUCCCACAGUUUCUGACAUUCUUAGAAAUUGCAUGUAUGUUGAUGACGUGUUAGCAGGAGCUCAUACUCUGUCAUUAGCCUUGAAAUAUCGUGAUGAAUUAAUAGCUGUCUUAGAAUCUGCUGGAUUCUCUCUGCGUAAGUGGACAGCGAAUAAUGACCACUUAUUAAAAGGAAUUUCUUCAGAUCACUUGCUAGAUGGUGAAUUUUUGAAACUUUCAGACUCCAGCACUACCAAGACCUUGGGACUAAGAUGGAAUGCUGGUAGUGAUUAUUUCUAUUUCAGACUCAAGAAUCAUCCCGAUAAGAAUCUAAUCACUAAGAGAUCAGUUUUAUCCGCAAUUGCCAAACUUUUUGACCCCGCCGGUUGGCUUGCCCCAGUAAUCGUGACAGCAAAAAUAAUUAUGCAACAAAUUUGGAAGGAUGGAACCAAUUGGGAUGAGGAUCUUCAACCUGCUACCUUGCUGAGAUGGCAUAAUUUUCUUGAUGAUUAUGUUCACAUAGAACACAUUAAAAUUCCCCGUUUUGUUGAUUUCGAUCCUUCAUUCUCUAUUGAAUUACACGGCUUUUGUGAUGCCUCAGAGAAGGCUUAUGCUGCAACAUUAUAUUUGCGUUCGGAGAAUUUAGGGUUCGUAUCUACACAUUUACUGAUCUCCAAAACAAAGGUGGCCCCCGUAAAAUUUGUCACGUUACCCAGAAAAGAAUUGUGUGGGGCAGAACUUUUGGCAAAAAUGAUUAAAUCUGUUCAGUCCCAGUUGAGCCUUAGUAAUUAUAAACUAUAUUUGUGGACAGACUCGACGAUAGUAUUGGCAUGGUUACAAAAACCUCCUAAUAAGUGGAAGACCUUCGUCGAGAACCGAGUUUCUUCAAUAAUUGAAAAAGUAGGAAGAGAAUCAUGGUAUCAUGUUGACUCCAAAAGCAACCCCGCUGACUUGGCAUCCCGUGGUAUCACGUUAUCACAACUCAUAAACAAUGAUCUAUGGUGGCAAGGACCAUCAUGGCUUAGUCGCCCACACGCCGAUUGGCCAGCACAAUCGUUCAACUUUGUGACAGAAGAAGAAACUAAACCCAUUCAUGUUCACGUAUCCCAGCUCAAAAACGACGAUAUUCUUCGAAACUUUUCUGACUUUCCUAGAGCAAUGCGUAUCAUAUGUCACGUGUUUCGGUUUUAUCACCGUAUUAACAUUAGAUUAAGACACAGACUUAUAACGACCGAAGAUUUGAAACGCGAGGAACUUAAUUUCGUUAGAACACGAAUGAUAAUUUCAUGCCAAAAGUUGUAUUAUGAUGAGGAAUAUAAACUUUUAACUCAAGGUCUACAAUUACCCCGGAAAAGCCACAUUUUAACUCUAAACCCUUUUCUUGAUUCCAACGGUAUAAUGAGAAUCAACGGACGAUUAUCUAAAUCUCCCGUACUAAGUUAUGAUGAAAAAUUUCCUAUUAUAUUACCUUAUCACAGUUGUUACUCUAAAUUACUUCUAACGUACCUUCAUAAAUACUCAAUUCACGGCCAAAAUGCGCUUUUGUAUAGAUUAAUGAGAAUCCAUUACUAUAUUCCUAAAUUGAAAACUUUGAUCAAAUCCAUUCUCUCUAAUUGCCGGGUAUGUGUAAUAAGAAAACGGCAGAAAAGCCAACAAAUAAUGGCGGCGUUACCACCUGAACGAACAACUCUUUCACGACCUUUUACUAAUACAGGAGUAGACUUUGCCGGCCCUUUCGACGUUAAGUCAUAUGCAGGCCGUGGUUGCAGGAUGUCAAAGGGCUACGUACUUGUAUUUGUAUGUUUCGCAACAAAGGCUAUACAUCUUGAAGCAACUAGUGAUAUAUCCACCCAAGCCUUUUUAGCAGCAUUUGCUAGAUUUUUUUCUCGUCGCGGAUGCCCUAGUUCCAUAUAUUCAGAUAAUGGUACAGCCUUUGUUGGUGCUGCCAAUAUAUUGAACGAUGACAAGGCUCAUUUUAUGUCUCUUCUUAGACGGAAACUUAUUGAGCAAUACAGUUUUGGUACACUAGAAUGGCAUUUUAUACCGCCAGGGGCUCCACAUAUGGGAGGACUCUGGGAGGCGGGAGUUAAAAGCUUUAAAUCGCACUUUAAGAAAAUUUCUCAAUGUCAGAGUUUCACUUUUGAAGAAUUCAGCACUAUGUUGGCUAGAAUCGAAGCCUGUCUGAACUCAAGACCUCUCAGUCCAAUGAGCGAUAGCCCAACAGAUCUUUGUGCGUUAACCCCGGGUCAUUUUCUCAUUGGAGAUCCCCUAUUAUCGCCACCUGAGCCAGAUCUAACGAACCAGUCUUUAAGCUAUAUCAAUCGCUGGCAAAAAUUGAAGGUGCUACACCAACACUUUGCACGAAGAUGGAAAGACGAGUAUCUUAAGGAACUCCAUAAACGCUUUAAAUGGAAAUAUCCCCGGCGUGACUAUGCUAUCGGAGAUCUCGUCGUAAUAAAACGAGAUAAUUUACCCCCCAAUCAAUGGCGGCUAGGCCGCAUCGAAAAAGUUAUAGUUGGUACCGAUAAUAGGGUUAGAGUCGCCGAUAUACGAACCGCCAAUGGCAUCGUAACAAGCACACCACUAAUGCCACGCCAAAGUCGAAGAAGUUCUUCGCCACUAGAAGAAAAGGGAUCCACAUAUAAAAAACAUACUACUCGACGUAAUUAUACUUCAUAUGACUGUCGUUUAUGUCGGAGAGACCAUCCUUUACGAAAGUGUCUGAAAUUCAAAAGAAUGAAUGUAUCGGAGAAAAUUAAGACUGUGAAGCGCUUUCAUUAUUGUGAGAACUGCCUAGCACAUUCACAUUCAGUUCGACGGUGUCGAAAUAGUGAUCGCUGUCGUCAAUGUGGAGGCAGACACCACACGUUGCUCCACCGUCACAAACGUCUGCAAGAAACACGAAGCGCACACAACUCAUCCGAUAACACACCCUCUUCUGGUUUGAGUAUUGUCACCCUACUUCCAACAAUCAUAAUCAAAAUUGAACUUGGUGACGAAUGGCUUAAUGUGCGAGGUAUGCUGAACCCAUGUGCAGAAGUUAGCUGCAUUGCGGAGUUUUUAGUUAAAAGAUACAAAUUAGCUGUGGAAGAAAAGGGCACAAAUCGAUGGUGCCAGAUACGCAUUCGUCCUCGAUUCGACGAAACUCCAAUAUUUUGUCUAAAUGUCAAAAUUAACACUGAAUUACCUCGCAAACAACCCACUGAAAAAAUUGAUGAGAGAGUAGCAAGCCUUUACACCAAUUUACGCCUUGCUGAUCCAACCUUCUAUCGACAUUCCGACAUUAAUGUUAUCCUUGGAGCGGAUAUUUAUCCACGUCUCAUUAAGCCGAGUCUUCAGCCUGAAACAGUUGGUACACCCAUGGCACAAGACACUGUGUUCGGUUGGACAAUUAUUGGAAAAUUUGGCGUUUAA